AUGGCCACCGCGGCUUCCAAUCCUUAUCUGUCCAGCAAUAGCAUCUUAUCAUCCGGAUCCAUCGUGCACUCGGACUCGGGAGGAGGGGGCAUGCAGCCGGGCAGCGCUGCGGUUACGUCAGGCUCGGGGGGCUACAGGGGAGACCCCUCAGUCAAGAUGGUGCAGAGUGACUUUAUGCAGGGCGCUAUGGCAGCGAGUAACGGGGGACACAUGCUGAGCCACGCGCACCAGUGGGUGACUUCUCUGCCUCACGCCGCCGCGGCGGCUGCCGCUGCCGCUGUGGCCGCUGCAGAGGCGGGCUCCCCCUGGUCCUCAAGCCCCGUGGGCAUGAGCGCCAGCCCGCAGCAGCAGGACGUGAAGGGCUCCAGCAGGGACGAGCUGCACACGGGCACCGCGCUGCACCACAGGCCCCCUCACCUCGGGCCUCAUCAGACACACGGGGCGUGGGGCAGCAGCACCGCCGCGCACCUUAACUCCCUCACGGGCGGACAGCAGCAGCAGCAGUCGCUGCUCUACUCACAGCCCGGAGGCUUCACGGUGAACGGCAUGUUGAGCCAGAGCCAGAGCCUGGUGCACCCGGGCUUAGUGCGCGGGGACACCCCCGAGCUGGAGCACGCGCACCACCAUCACCACCAUCACCAGCACGCGCACCACACGCACCACGGUCACAACCACGAGCCACACUCCGACGACGACACGCCGACGUCCGACGACCUGGAGCAGUUCGCCAAACAGUUCAAGCAGCGGAGGAUCAAGUUGGGCUUCACGCAGGCGGACGUGGGGCUUGCGCUUGGCACAUUGUACGGGAACGUCUUCUCACAGACCACCAUCUGCAGGUUCGAGGCGCUGCAGCUCAGCUUCAAGAACAUGUGUAAGCUCAAGCCGCUGCUGAAUAAGUGGCUGGAGGAAGCAGACUCCUCCACGGGCAGCCCCACCAGCAUCGACAAGAUCGCAGCGCAGGGCCGAAAGCGGAAGAAGCGCACGUCCAUCGAGGUGAGCGUCAAAGGCGCUCUGGAGAGCCACUUCCUGAAGUGUCCCAAGCCGUCCGCGCAGGAGAUCACCUCCCUGGCGGACAACCUGCAGCUGGAGAAGGAGGUGGUCCGAGUGUGGUUUUGCAACAGGAGGCAGAAGGAGAAGCGGAUGACGCCCCCGGGAGUGGGAGCUCAGACACCCGAGGAUGUGUACUCUCAGGUCGGCAAUGGGCAUUUUUUAGUAGAUUACUUAAAAGAUGCAAGUGAGGCGAGCGACCAGAGGGUGACUACCACAAGUUCAUUCCACCAGCUCCCCUCUUCUCCCCCCAUGCACCAACGGGACGCUUCAGUCAGCUUUCCUCAGCCUUACACCGACCCCCCGUGGCCGUCUGCGGUACAGCACCCCCUGUGCCCUCUCCGUGCCUCACGCAGACCCAUGAGUGGAUCCCACUACAACACGUUCUUGAUCCGCGAUGAAAGAAAGCCCGGCUCCGCUUCACCGGUCGCCACGGAGACAGAGCUGGAGUGCGAAGCGGAGUACAAUCGCACCCGUGGGUGGGACCAGGCACUGAUUGGGCCCCUAAUCAUUCCGGCUUCAAUGUCCUGGACCACUGACACUGCCCAGCGUCCCCUCCCAGCAGCAGAUGGAUCAAUGGGACAGACAGGGACGAGUCGCUCCCUCAGCACCGCAGCAGCCGAGGUUCUGUCCCGGCUCAGGUCAGGCAUCCCAGCAGGACCCCCCACCUCCCCCGCUGAUAUCAGCAGCAGUUACCAAGGUGACAGCAUGUCAGGGAGCCACCAGGGAGGGGAGGGUGGAGGUGUGGAGGGGGGCACCAUGCAUCACCGCCUCUGA